CAAUUAUGAGUURUUCUUCCUCCUCGUCAGUCGUCUCCGUAUAUUAUUAUUGUUAUUAUACCUAAUACUAUAAUAUUAAAUAGAGAGCAGUAAAAUAAUUAUUAUUGUGCACCGGUGCCGCACGUACAAUAUGUAAAUCAUGUGUAUUUAAUAAAUAAUAAUACUAUCGCGAUAUAUUAUAAUAUAUACUCAUCGUACAUUAAAGCACCACUCAACGACUAGAGUUCCGUCGUUGCCUCGUUGGUACGAGUUUUGAAUAUYAUAAUAUAUUAUAGUGCAGUUACCCACAUCGUGAGCAACAGGUCGCGCUCUGGCCGCCCAAAGUAAACGCGUAUGCAUGUCCRAGUGUUGGGAGAUCCAACGGUGUGAUGUGAUUGCUGUAUUUUUCGACACUCGUCGUUAUUAUAUUAUUAUUUAGCUAUUAUUUUUUAUUGUCAUUCCGAUAACACCGCCGAUGAUUAUGAUCUUUGCAAUGGUCYUGACGUUCGUGAUGUUCGUCUGUUCGGCGUUUUCUACCGCAACCGCUGCACAACAGUCGAAGUCGCCCAAAGACCACGAAAACGCGGCGGUGGGUUUACAUCGUUAUGUGUAUACGGAAUUGCCGUUCGUAUACCACUGCAGCAAUAGCCUGCAAUGCCCUGCCGAGUUCGGUUUCACCAGGUGCGAAAAUCACAUGUGUGUGUGUGACGAGAAUUACUAUCAGGUGUUCAACAAAACUUCGGAGACAGCCCACUGUCGCCUAUGUUCACUGUUCCAAGAAAGUUGCGCCGUAACACAAUGCUGUGAAAAUCCGCAUGCUACUAUUUGCUUCGACGGAUUGUGCGUGUGCAGACCUGGAAUGGACGAAGAAUGUCUUUCGGGGAUUUACAGAGGCAGGUACACGCCGACGCUGGGUAUUCAGUUGGCCAACACUCUUUCGGUGUCAUUCGCAUUCGUCUUCCUCGCCAUCACAUUCAUCGCGGUCAUCAGGAAAACGUUGUUCAGGUGCAGUUUUUGUCGGUCUGAUUCGAUGAGUAGAGUAGCCAGCGACAGUUCGAUGAACGAAUUUGUCAAGCAAAAAAUGCAAAACAGACCGCCGUGUUACGACGACAUAGAAAAAGACCGUAAAGUUCCUAUUUUUGACUACAAUAAUCAGCCACCGCCCGAGUACGACGCCAUUAAUUUCGGYCGCCCGGGCACGUUCCUGCAGGGCACCCGCCUGAAUUCAUCUCUGUCGAUCAGCAAUGAAGUGGAAAUGAACAUGGCCCCGCCAAACUAUUCGACGUUCACAACUGUCACCGAAGUCCCGACGACUKCUGGAGGUGCGAUCGGUCGGACCAACGAYGAAAUAAUCCUCACGCAGCCGAUCUAUACGAAUCGCGAAUUUUUGCGGCUCGCGUAGCUUUCCGUUGUGCAGAUAUCCACGCGGCCAUAUAUGUAUAAUAGAUAUUAAAAUUAUAUAUUAUAUUAUUAUGUUAUAUCAUAAUAUCACUAUUGAUUGGUUUUACUUUUGUAGACAAUCUGUAGUCUCGCGAUCUCUAUAUUGAUACAGAUAACUGCGACAUAAAUACAUAAUACAUAUAUUAUAAUACCCUACGGACCGCAGUAAAAUACGUAAUAAAUUAUUACUAAUAAUGUACGAAGCACAAUGAUAUAAUAUUUCGCGUACCGUCUAUAAUAUUAAGCGACAUCGUCGGAUAACUAUAUAUUUUGUACGUAUUGUGCACUUUUUUUUUUAAUCCCUUCUCGUACUGUACUGUAGUCUGUAAGAAUCAAUACACAUAUUUAUAGAUAUAUAUACCGGUUGAUCCAUUUAACGAGAGAUACUCAUUAUUAAAUUAAAAAAAGUUUUUAAAAGUAUACUUUUUACUAUACUAGAAAUACACUUUUACCUUUUUUUUUUAAAUAUUAUUUCCAAGGCAGAAUAUAUUUUUUGAAGAAGUUCUAUGUAUAAAUUGAUUUUUGGAGUUAUAGUUUWUGAGUUACAACAGGCGGGGUUUCUCGCAAAAUGUUGAUCCACUGAUCCGAUUUUCUAAAAAUUAAAUACUCAAAACAGUCAUAAUUAAUAAACUACUUGUCCGGAAUUCUAUAUUUGUAUAGAUCGAGAUACUAUAAACUAAUAACAAAUUAAUGUUAUCGUUUAAAAGACAAAAAAUAAAUAAUAACGACACAAAAUAGUUGGAAACAAAAUGUUUUCAAUAACCUUAGUUUCUYAUCAAAUAAUGAGUGUCUUACGUUGAUCCUCACGUUGAUGAAUCAUCCCGUGUAAUAGAUCAAUAUGGAUACCACGACUUAUAAGGGGACGCUACACCCGCAUGUGUUGUCUCCGUCUUACAAGUGCGUAACAUAUCAAAUUGUACGCUUAGCAGAUCACGUUUAGCUCCGUUAAUUAGAAAUUUAGUGAUAGUAAACUUCUUAUAAUAAUUAAAGGUGACAUUAUGAUGGAAGGCUUCUCUUCUAUUAGGCUUUUUAUUAUAUUUUAAUUUUAAAGCGAGUUAUAAGUAUUUUAAGGUAUACAAAUAAUUUACAAUUUUAAAAU